AUGGCGCCUCCCUCUGUUGAAUUGACGGCUCCGAAUGGAGUCAAGUGGUCUCAGCCCACUGGCCUGUUUAUCGGCAACGAGUUUGUCGCUUCCUCCAGCGGCAAGACCAUUACUUCCAUUGACCCUGCCACUGAGGAGGUCAUUGCCACUGUGCAAGCCGCCGAUGCUGAAGACAUCGACAAGGCCGUCAAGACUGCCAGAGCUGCCUUGCGCCACGAGUCAUGGAAGAAGCUUCCUGCCUCUGACCGCGGCCAAUUGAUGUACCGUCUGGCUGAGCUGAUCGAGUCCAAGAAAGAGCUCUUUGCCACCAUUGACGCUUGGGACAAUGGCAAGACAUACAUCGAGACGCUGGAGAACGAUCUCGUCGAGGCCGUCGGCGUUAUCCGCUAUUAUGCUGGCUGGGCCGAUAAGACGUUUGGCCAGACCAUCAGCACAAACCCUCAAAAGUUCGCCUACACAAUCCGUCAGCCCGUCGGCGUUGUCGCGCAGAUCAUCCCUUGGAACUAUCCCCUCUCCAUGGCUACGUGGAAACUCGGUCCUGCCCUCGCCUGCGGCAACACUGUUGUCCUCAAGGCCGCCGAACAAACACCUCUGAGCAUCCUCGUCCUGGGAGAGCUCAUCAAGGAGGCCGGUUUCCCCCCGGGAGUCGUCAACAUCGUCAAUGGACUUGGCAGAGACACGGGAGCUGCCUUGGUGCAGCAUCCUCUUGUGGACAAGAUCGCCUUUACCGGUUCCACGGCGACGGCUGCCAGCAUCAUGGGCGUCGCUGCAAAGACGCUUAAGAACAUCACCCUAGAAACUGGCGGAAAGUCGCCAUUGCUCGUCUUUGACGAUGCGGACCUAGAGCAGGCGGUCAAGUGGUCGCACUUUGGCAUCAUGUCCAACCAAGGACAGAUUUGUACUGCCACGUCGAGAAUCCUGGUCCAAGACACCAUCUACGAUGCCUUCAUCAAGAAGUUCAUCGACACUCUUAAUGUCGUGAGCAGAGUUGGCAGCCAAUGGGACAAGGAUACAUACCAGGGUCCUCAGGUGUCCAAGGUCCAAUACGAGAGGGUUCUUGAGUACAUCGACAUUGGAAAGAAGGAGGGCGCUGUCGUGGCGGCUGGAGGUCACCCUCUCAAGGUCGGAGACUCCGACAAGGGAUUCUUCAUUGCCCCGACAGUCUUUACCGAGGUCAAGCCCUCGAUGCGUGUCUAUCGCGAGGAGAUCUUUGGCCCUGUCGUGGUCAUCACCACCUUCAAGACGGAGGAGGAGGCUAUUGAGCUUGCCAACGAUACCACAUACGGACUGGGAGCCGCUGCGUUUACUACAAACCUGGAGAAGGCUCAUCGGGUUGCGGCAGAGAUCGAGGCCGGCAUGGUCUGGAUCAACAGCAGUCAGGACUGUGACCCUCGCGUGCCAUUCGGAGGUGUCAAGCAGAGCGGUAUUGGCAGGGAGCUCGGUGAGGCAGGCCUCGAAGCCUACACACAGAUCAAGGCAGUUCAUGUAAACAUGGGGACCAAGCUGUAA